CUCCCCCACAGUUUGUGGUGAGACCACGAGACCAGAUUGUAGCCCAGGGUCGAACAGUGACUUUUCCUUGUGAAACUAAAGGAAAUCCCCAGCCAGCUGUUUUCUGGCAAAAAGAAGGAAGCCAGAAUCUACUCUUCCCAAACCAGCCUCUCCAACCCAGCAGCAGGUAUUCAGUGUCACCAACUGGAGACCUCACUAUUACCAACAUUCAGCGGUCUGAUGCAGGCUACUACAUUUGUCAAGCACUGACGGUUGCUGGGAGCAUUUUAGCAAAGGCUCAGCUGGAGGUUACUGAUGUCUUGACAGAUAGGCCUCCACCCAUCAUCCUGCAGGGGCCGGUCAAUCAGACACUGGCAGUGGAUGGUACAGCUUUGCUGAAGUGCAAGGCAACUGGCGACCCUCUUCCUGUCAUCAGCUGGUUAAAAGAAGGAUUCACUUUCCUGGGCAGAGACCCUCGAACAUCCAUACAGGAUCAAGGGACGCUUCAGAUUAAAACUCUGCGGCUGUCUGAUACAGGGACUUACACUUGCGUUGCUACAAGUUCCAGUGGGGAGACAUCUUGGAGUGCCGUGCUGGAGGUGACAGAAUCUGGUGGAGCAACAGUCAGUAAAAGUUAUGAUAUAAACGACCUCCCUGGGCCACCAUCAAAACCUCAGGUCACUGAUGUUACUAAGAACAGUGUCACCCUGUCCUGGCAGCCAGGGACCCCUGGAAGCCUACCAGCUAGUGCAUAUAUCAUUGAGGCUUUUAGUCAGUCUGUGAGCAAUAGUUGGCAAACAGUGGCUAACCACGUGAAGACCACUCUCUACACUGUGAGAGGACUGCGCCCCAAUACAAUCUACCUGUUUAUGGUGAGGGCCAUCAAUUCACAAGGUCUGAGUGAUCCCAGCCCUGUGUCAGAUCCUGUCCGAACACAAGAUAUCAGCCCACCAGCACAAGGCGUGGAUCACAGGCAAGUCCAGAAAGAACUGGGAGAUGUCAUUGUACGACUGCACAAUCCUGUUGUGCUGACACCCACGACGGUUCAAGUCACCUGGACA